UUUCUCCAUAAAUCCCCUCUGGUCUCUCUCUCUCUCUCUCUCUCUCUAUCUCUGUUGCUGGCAUUCAAACGAGUUCAAAAUCCCAGACCCAAAAGCAUGGCCUUCUUCCGUUUCCACCACCACUACUGCGUCGCCGUUUUCGUCGUGCUUACUAUUUUACCCUUCUCGAUCGCUCAGUCACUGCCGGCGUCGGGAAACGAGACGUGCAACGGGAUUUACGUGUCGUACGCCUACACGGACGGAAGGGAGCUCACGCCGACUAUGAAGUCCGACCCGGCCCGCCAACCGUACCGGUUCGAGUCGGUCCUCACGGUGCUCAACAACGGCCUUGUGGAGCUCAAGUCUUGGAUGGUCUUCGUGGGGUUUCAGCACGACGAGAUCUUGGUCUCCGCGGCCAACGCCGUGCUCGCCGACGGGACCAGACUGCCGGCGGGAGUGGGGAACGGCACAAUUUUCUCUGGGUCCCCGGUGACGGACCUCAAGACGGCGGUGGAUACCGCCGGCGACCCGACCCAGACGCAGGUCCAGGUCAACCUGGUGGGGACACAGUUCGGUGUGGCUCCCCCUGCCGUUCCGAUGCCGACUAACAUCUCGCUGGCCAAUGAUGGGUGGGUUUGCAAUAGCUUAACUUCUUCAGGGAAUGGGACGACAGCAGUCUGUUGCACACAAGACCCAAACUUUAAAUCAAACAUCACAUUAGAUGAUGGGUUCCUGCCUCGCCAGAGUGGUGACCUUACUAUAAUGUAUGAUGUUACUCAAACAUAUGACUCGAGUUACUGGGCAAAGGUCACAAUUGCUAACCAUAAUCCUCUUGGCCGUCUUGAUAACUGGAAAUUGAGCUGGCAAUGGACGAAAAAUGAGUUUAUCUCUGCAAUGAGAGGGGCAUAUCCAUCUGUUGUUGAUUCUUCUGGAUGCAUAUUUGGCCCACAAGGAGCAUAUUACCAGGCUAAGGACUUCUCCCAAGUGUUAAAUUGUGAAACAACACCGACCAUAAUUGACCUGCCUCCGACGAAGUACAAUGACACAGCUGUUGGGCUGAUCCCCUAUUGUUGCCGAAAUGGUACAAUCUUGCCACAAGAGAUGGACCUAAGCAAGUCGAUUUCAGCAUUUCAGAUUGAAGUGUAUAAAAUGCCACCAGAUCUCAACCGGUCUCUGCUUACACCACCACGGAAUUGGAAGAUCAACGGUACAAUGAACCCUAAUUAUCAAUGUGGCCAGCCAGUGCGGGUGAGUCCUAGCGAAUUCCCUGACCCAAGUGGCUUACCAUCGAAUACAACUGCAGUUGCCAGCUGGCAGGUGGUCUGCAAUAUAACACAUCCCAAGGGAGAAAGCCCCAAAUGUUGUGUCUCAUUUUCUGCUUACUACAAUGAGUCUGUCAUUCCAUGCAAAACUUGUGCAUGUGGGUGCCCUAGUAACAAUGCUCGAACUUGUAGUGUGACAAAUCCAGCUAUGCUUCUUCCACCAAAUGCACUUCUUGUUCCUUUUGAAAAUCGGACUAGCUUGGCUACAGCUUGGGCUCAACUUAAACAUCAGCCGGUGCCAAACCCAAUGCCCUGUGGAGAUAACUGUGGGGUUAGUAUUAACUGGCAUUUGUAUACAGACUACAGUAACGGAUGGAGCGCAAGAAUCACGAUAUUCAAUUGGGAGGAUACUUCCUUUGCUGAUUGGUUUGCUGCAGUGCAAUUGGACAAGGCCACCCCCGGUUUCCAAGCAAUGUACUCGCUCAAUGGAACUACCUUGGCCUUGAACGGUGUCAACAAUACCGUAUUCAUGCAGGGUAAUCCAGGACUAAACUAUCUUGUGGCUGAAACUGAUGGAGCUGACCCGCAGAAGGAUCCUAGGGUGCCUGGGAAACAACAGUCUGUGAUCUCCUUUACCAAGAAAUUGACCCCUGGAAUUAAUGUACCUAAUAGAGAUGGGUUUCCCACUAAAGUAUACUUCAAUGGAGAGGAGUGCUCACUUCCUUCAGUAAUUCCAAGCGGUGGCAGUAGAAAGGGCCCAGCUUUAGCACUUUGGAUCCUAGCAGUUAUAGUGUUCAUGUUGAUGCAGCAAUAGCUGGGGGAUGAGGCAUUGCUUGGUUUUGCAGUUGCUGCUGAUUUUUUUAUUCUUUCAGUGAUUAGAUUAGCAGAAGACGUGUACACUCUGAUUGUUACAUACAGGAUGUUAUGAUACUCCAACUAUGGCUUCGUAGGCUUGGCGAGAAGAAAAUGAAAACGAUGACACGUGAACGGCAAGUUUUCGAAGUGAUGUAGAAUUUUAUGUUGUGUAAACAUCAUUGAACUCUGUUGCUCAAUUUGAUUCUUCAUGCUGUGUUUCAUGUCUCCAACUCUCUCCUCUUGUUUGAUGUUUUGAGCAGAUGAGAUUCUUUACUGUGACUUAGGUACAAGACAAGUAGACUGUUGUCUAAAGGAAAAAAUAGUUUUCACCCUGUUUCUGGGUUUCUCUUUUCUUUUUUUCCUGGAUUUUGUUAUAGGUAAAUUGAAUUUUUCUUGCGUUCA